AUGUCUUACAGCCAUGUUUUGGACGAGAUAUUUGCAGAGAGGAAUGCGAGGUUUGAAAAAUAUGGCAUACACGAGAAGCGAGAAGAACGGAACGCGUACAAUCAACGUUUGCGUGAUGCAGUGGAAGAGUGCAUUGAACAGAUCAAAAACUCCCCAAAAUCUGCAAAGUCUUUCCAAUUUUGGACGGAGCUUCCAGACGACAAAAAGAAAAAACUUAUUCUCGAAGUCUAUGAGCGGGAAGAAAACAUUAAUCAGCCAGAAAGGAACGGAAAAUAUCUGCCUAGCAUACUUCGAAUAUCGAUAUGGAAUGCAAUUAAAAUCUACUUGCGAUUGGCAGUGGCAAGAAGAAACGAUGCUACACGGACUGGAGAUCCACAUGCCCAUUACAGCCUUCAAGACUCGAGCAAAGAUUUUGGCCGUAAGUUGGAGAGAUUCGUGCGAAAACAUAGAGCCGGGAGGGAAGGGCCAAUUGAUGCCUCUCCUCGGGACGUCAAUGUGGCGUGUGGCAGUGGAAAUGAUUCAAGUGUGGUCAGUAACUGA